UCGUCCGGCCGAUAGGUGGCAAUACGGCCAGUCGUAGUUCCCCGUCCGGCCGACAGAUGGCGCUGAUGCGGCCGGAACGAUCAAGUUGUCAACAAAACCUGGGAAGCGAGAGGAGCCUUGCCUGACUUUAUGCUUUUGAGGAGGGAAAUUUCGGUAUUUCGGCGUCGCUGAGAGUCCGGAGGGAGAUUAUUACGAACAGGUGGUAUGUUGUGGUGAACAAGCAGUGACCGAGUGAUGCUGGGGGGAGGGGGUAGCUGCGGUGGGCCAGUUUCAUGGUGGUGCAGCGAAGUGUGGAGGUGCUCCCCAAAAGUGGCCCCGGACAUUGCAUCAUCAAGCGGAGAGAUGGCCAACUGUGAUCAGUGCAGCGUCAAGUUUUCGCUCCUGAAGAGACGGAGAACUUGCGCAAAUUGCCACCUUGUCUUUUGUAGCUCUUGCAUAAAGACAGGCAUUGGAGGGACGAGAAAAUGUAACAAAUGCAUAGUGUUAUCGCAAUGGCCUCUUGACAUAUCUGAGGUUGGAGCCUUGCGUGUCAAGGACCUGAGACAGUACCUCCAGUCGCAGCAUAUCAACAGUACAACAUGUACAGAGAAGCGAGAGUUGAUUGAGUUGGUGACACGCCACAUUUGCAGUCAGCGGCGGAUGUCAGACAACGCAAGACAAAACACAGGUGCUGGGAGUGGGAGCAUCUUCUCGAGCACAGCACGACCACCAGUGUUUAAGCCUCCCUCUACCAACAUUACAAGGGAUGAUGGCAUUAGGGUGCGGCCAAGUAGCACGCUUAACAGCGACAGUUCAGGCAGCAUACGAGUUCGGCCAGUAGACAGCAUAAGAGUGAGGCCAAGUCGCUCCCUCUCUCCCGAUUCUAGUGAAUAUGAUCCGGAGAUGGAUUUGGGCAUCAGGGUCUUUGCGUCGGACAGCCAGGCAGGCCAGCAGGAGCGUGUGAGCAGCACAUCACCCAUCAGCAUGGAGGGUUGUUCAGAGAGCACGGAGGACAAGUGCUCACAGUGUCCCAGCGAAGACUGUACAGCCUCCUCUUGUAGCUUAGACUCCUGUCCCAACAGAGCAUCUAGUCAACCCAUGCCAUGCACCUUGCAUAAUGACUCCUCAGGGCAAGACAGCAUUGAGGACGUAAGUGCCACAAAUGACCUGCAGUUACCAGACUCUACCAGCAUGCUGGAGGAGAUCCCAGGAACAGGUGAAAUUGCUCAAGAUAACACUACUACUACAGUUCAGGAGGCAGAGGUUUUGGAGCAAGGAGUCAACACCUCAGAGACACCAGGGCUUGAGACCCCAUUUGAGGCUUCUGCUCCUCAGCUAGAGGAUGACGCACCCAUUACCACUACGAUGUCCUCUUCAUCAGCCUCCUCAUCUACUCCUUCCACAGCUUCAUCCCCGGAACCUUCAAAACCUGUAAGCCUCCCCAACAAAGUUGUUGCGCUGGCUGACCUGAAGUCGGAGGAGGACAUCCGUCGUCUUAGUGUCCGCCAGUGCAAAGAACUUCUGGCCCUGCACAGGGUCAACUACUCAGGGAUCACAGAAAAGUCGGAGCUGUUGAACAAGAUUGACAUGCUCUGGAAGGAUUACCAGAAUGCACGACAAGAUGUUGAGGGUUUGCCAGAGGAACUGCUGUGUAAGAUCUGCAUGGAUAGCACGAUAGAUUGCGUCUUUCUAGAGUGUGGACACAUGAUUGCAUGUACACAGUGUGGGAAGCAGAUGGCGGAGUGUCCAGUGUGCCGCCAGUAUGUGGUGCGUGUUGUGCGUACUUUCCGAGCUUAAGGCAGCCGGCAUUUAUUAGCAAAACCACUCUUUGGGGCCUUAGUUGAUAGAUAAGUGGAGUUUUUUUUAGAUCCAAUAGAAUUAAAACUUCAAGUGUUUAAUUAGGAAUUUCUAAAUAAGAAAGUUUUUUCCUUUUUAUUUUUAUUUUAUUUUCCCCAUUUACUAGAACUUCCACCAGGAUAUUUGAUGUUAAUUGAAGUUAUGAAUGUACAGGUAUUACUCUGUGCUGGCAAAGACAUACCUGAAUUAGGUCUAGGAAACUUUAUUCCAUGUACAACUUUAUUUGCAUAUACAUUAUACAUUGAAGCAUAAGAUUUACAUUUCCUUGAAUGUUUAAUAACAGGUGAUUAAUUUAUUAUAGGGUCAUAAGGAGAGGCUAAAGCAUUUAUUACAAUUGUCUUUAUGUACUUGUAGAUACAAGGAAAUGCAUUCACAAAAAAAGUGCUUGUCAAGUGUAUUGUUACAUUAUUCAUUAAAAUCAAUAAAAAGGAGUUUUCACGAAUACCUGUACUCUGACGAUGCCAUCUUUAGUUAAGCCCUUUUGUAUUUAUAAACUUUUAGGAGAAUUUGAAAAUUAGGAAAAAUUAGAAGGGAAUGGAUGAUGAAACAAGCAGAAAAUUUGUUACAAUGGUAAGGAAAAAAUAAUAGUAUUAAUAAAGACAUUACUGCUAAGAAGAAUAAAGUUAAUGGUUAUUUUAACAAAAUGAUCAUACACCAGACAAACAAAUUCACAUAUAAAGAAAGUUAUAACUAAAUUUAUUUCCAGCCAAAAGUUUGGUAAUAUACUUAUUAUUUAAGUUUGAAUUUAAAGAUUAAUGUAGCCUAUAAUGUAAGGGGACCGUUGCUUAGAUUUUUCUUUUAAAAAAUUCUGUUUGGAAUGAUUAUAGAGACAUUAUAUCUCAAGUUGGGUUUCAUUUGGUGAAUAAAUAAUUGAAAUUUAAGAUAAAAUCAUAAUUUUUCUUGUUUGGUACACCACAUUGUCGGGCUGAAGGUUAUCAUGAGGAAUGACGAAGUGUGAAGAAAAAUAUCCAGUGAUCGUCAUUUCUUAUCUAGAAGUUGUACCUGUGAUUUUUUAAUUCCUUAAGAUAGUUUCAGAAUUUGAGUUUGAAUUUUCAAGGAAAGAAAAAUUUUGUUUCCAUUUUAUUUAAAAUAUAUUCAAGAAAUUAAAAAAUUCCUUGGUACCAAAAGUAGUAUACUUUCUAUUCUGCAACAUGCAGCGUAAAUGAAGAGAAUUGUACAAGUAUAUACGAAUUUAUAAGCAAAAAGAAUGAGAAUAAAAAGAGGCAGUUUAAUAGUUACGUCAACCAAUCAGAUGUAGUGGUGCUCUAUGUUGCUACGGCUUGCAUGUUCAUGUUCGUCAUAGUGUUGCCAGAUGUUGAUUGAAGUGAAAUCUACAUCCAUAUGGGGUAACGAAAAAGGCCACUAUGUCUAUUUUUUAUUAUUUCCCUACCUAUUCCCUAUUUUCACCAACUCCAUUAAAAUGAUUUUGUUUUAGAAAAAAAAGAAAAUAAAUAAACUAAAAAUUAAAGUGACGGUCCCCUUAAGUCAUAGCUUAUGUCAGUCUUGGUGGACAGAUCCAGAAGCGGGUAUUUUGAGGAAAUGAUAAUAAUUAUGAAGUUAAUAGCAACAGCAAGAUAUAAAACUGAAGUAGAUACAAGUAAGCUUUGUUUGCUCGUUUUUGUGGACGAGAGUUGAAAAAUUACUGCAAUUUAUUGAUUAAUUUUUAUAUACAGUGUAGCUGCAACUCUGACAAGAUAUAAGGAUUAAGUUAAGAAGUUGUGUUGCAGGAAUAGUGGUUGGUAAGAAGAGAUUCUUUUUUAUUUUUCUUAUACAAUUUUCAUUCACCUCUUUGUCUGUUCUCUCUUUUCUCGUUUUCUUCUCAGAUUCUUUGGGAAGUGGUUUCCCCUUCCUUAUUUUUUUCUGUCUGAUUUGUUGUAGAGAAUUUACUUUCAGAUCUUGUAAAAAGUUAAAACACAAGUCUCUCUCCAAGUUUGUUGCUAGUGUUGUAAAUGUAUUUCAUAUGGUGGAAAAAAGAAGUUAUUUGCCAUUAUGACUCUCAGAAUAUUUCUGUCCAUCCUCUAAAUAUAGUAAAUCCACUCAAUUCUUAAAAAUUUCACUCUUUACUCAUAUAUCUUUCUCUUUUUCCAAACUAGAACUUUUGACUCAUCCAAGGUCUAUGUCGGAUUCCAGCCUUGUCUAAGAUGAAAGUAAGAAGUCUUUCGAUGCUCAGAGUUUUUUCAAACUUGAUUUCUCCUGGUUCUCAAAAAGAAGGUUCAUAGAGAUGAUACUCUUUUCAACUGCACGUUACAGUCAAUACUCAUUUACAAUUGCUAGUGUCUGCUAGAGGUAGGUAUGAAACUGCCCAAAACUACCGCAUCAUAUUCUUUUUAUGGUUGAGACAUAAGAGGUGUGGAAAAGGGUGUGAUCUUUUAUUUUUCUUCAUUCUUUCCCUCUUUAUUUUCUUUCUUCCUUUUCCCUUUCAUUUUCCUUCCUUUUUGUCAUUUAUUUUCCCUAAAGAGGGAGUCCAAUUAUACUUCCAGAGGUUGGGCAAUAAGGCCAUUGGUUCCUCUGUGAAAGUCCAAACUCUAGUCUUUCCUGACUUAUUGUUUCGUGUGUCCUUAUGUUCUCGGUUGUUUUGGCAUAAUGUUUGUAUUGAGUUUGGGAAUGCCAAGGGGGUGGGGGGCAUAUAUAAACCCAGGAUAUUGAUAAAAGGUCAUUUUUUGAUGUGGUGGAUUAUUGAUUGAUAGAAGAAGGAAUAUGUAAGAGAAAAUAUUAAAGAAAAACGUAAUUCACUGUAUAUUUUUUACUAUUACUAUUACUGUUACAUACUAGCUGUAUCUUUACCGGUGCUUGAUGUUCAACAGCUUCCAGUAAAUAGGAAAGCCAAAGUAUAUGGAGCUUGUAAUUUUUGUGAGUCCUGGUGAUUCUAAAGGCUUGUACGGUCCUAUUUUACUACGUUUGGUCAGAGCUUAGUCGGCUUCAUAGUACGAGAGCAACAAGUGCAAUCACAACGGAGGUGUAGAAGCUGAUCUAUGAAGUACACGACUUUGGUGCAGUGAGGCAGUGGCACUCCAGUUUGUCUUUGCACAUUAUUUAUUAUGAUGUUUAUGGUCUUAUUAUUUGUAUUAUUUUUACGUCAUUGAUGGUAAUAAUUAUUAUCAUAUUAAUAUAACCAUUCAGAAUGUAUCUGUAAAUGUAUAUCACAACCAAGUGCAGUCGCAUUAUGUUAAUUAUUAUAAGUCAAGUAGUUUUAAAAAUCUGGCUAGUUAUAGUUACUCAUAUCUGCUUGUUCUGAAAAGAAAAACAAGUGUGAGAGAGAGAAAAAAAAAGUAUUAUAUUAAGCACAAUUUACACAUAAUGAUGUAUUUACAUGUCCAUGUUUUCAUCUGUAGUUGAGUAUAAUAAGCAAAUUGCGAAGUCGCAAAAAAAAAAUCACAACAGAGAUUACAGGAAUUCUUCAUUUAGUGACCUUGUGAGAGGUGGAUUAACUUAGAAAAAAUAACUUUGAUUGUCGCAUAUGUCUUUUCUCCGUUUUUUUAUAUAUUUUGCACAUGGUAAGUGAGAUGAUAAGAUCUAGAAUCAUGUGGAAGCCAAAUUUCUAAUUUUGCAUGUGAAAAAUUGUACAGGUUAAAAAUAGUACAAGUAUUUUAUGUUGAUUAUAAUUUUUUCUUUUCUUUUCAUUCUUUCUUCCUUUAAUUUUAUGUAGAUAAUUUCUCUCCCUUAGAGAUUAAUCAUGAAUAUAUUUUUCUUUUAGGCUUGUUAUAAGAAAACACGCAAGGUUAACCUGGGACAUAAUAGAUAUAAUAAAAAGGCAAGGAGAAAGGCAUUCAAAGCAUUAUGGUCAUUACUUUUCUGUUCUCUUUGACUGGAUAUAUUGUGCAAUGAUUAUUGCUUUGUCUUGUAUGUGGUAUAUUUAUAACUCUGUGGGUGUUAUAGUCAAGUAUUAUGUGUUGUGAUAUUUUAUCCCAAAGACUGAAGUGCACCUCAGUGUUGUAAAAGGAGGUCGGAGGAUUCUGUUUUAAGUUGCUUUGCCACUUUAUGCUGUUGAUAUGAAAGAAGAAACUGGACUUCGGUGAUGACUUCGGCAAAUUCCCUCCGGUGAGGUCUGUAUGGGCCAUGCUCUUGGUAUUUUGUUCAGAAAAGAGGCUGAAAUUAUGAAUGUUAUGAAGUGAUUUUAUCAUUGUCAUUUUAUUGAUAUAUUAUAUUAUUAUUAUGUUUUUUUCUCAUUGAUAUUUAUAUUUUAUUAUGGAAAUACUUAUUCAUGGGAUUAUAGUAUCCCCUGCUUGCAUGGGCUCAGCAUUUUAGUUGAUUAAUAUGCAUUUGUCACAGGUGUAUCAGCAAGAAAAAUAUAACAGUUUAUAUGUCAUGUACAAAUCUCACUUUUUAUUUUUACCUUAUAGCUUGAAUGUGAAGGUAAUUUUUGCUGAUGGUAUUGAAGCUGUGAUUAUUGUAAACAUAACUUGUGUAUUGCAUUUAUAUACUAACAACAAAAGUGUUUUUGUUGUCUGUGUUACAAGCAACCAUUCUUUGUUACAUUAUUAUUAUAUUGGUAUUAUUGUUAUUUUGUUCCUUUAUUAUUAUGAUCAUUAUCUCCAUUACAUAUUGCUAUUAAUAUUAAUUAUCAUCGUUAUUAUUAAUAUUAUCAUCAUCAUUAUGAACAGUUGAUGUCAUUUUAUUUUGUUUUAGCUUUUCCAAUGAACAUGAAUAAUAUGUUUUAUGCAAUCCAGGAAUUAAUUUCAAAACAGAUUUCAUGGUCAGAGCAUGUACCAGCCAGUCAUCAUGUUAUGCCACACGCUGUGACGAGAUGGUAACGUAUGAAUGAUGCCAUUCUUGCAGUUACAGUUAGAAGAUUGUAAGAUUGAUAGGUGUUUGUAUUUAAGAUGAAAAAAAGUUUAGGAUAGAUUGAUGUCCGUUUCUGGGAUUUCACUUUUGAUCGAGCCGUGUUACAAGUACCAUGAAUAUUAAGAUUUGUAAAUACAGAUGGCCACUUCUUUUCGAAUGUUGAAGAAAAGGAAGAGCAAAAGACUAUAUAUAAAGCUUUUUGAACUUUUACUCUUUUGUUCAUGAUUAUAUGAAACUAUUGUCAUGUAAUAAAGAGUUAGUUGGAUGAUAUUUGGAUUACAACAGGAGCUGAUGUUGAGUGUUACUUUGUAGACCAAAUGGACUGAAUGUGAUCAGUUAAGAGUAUUUUAUAAUGAUUUACCCUUUUGUCAGUAUUUCAGAGGUCAAAUUAAAGCAUUUUUUUAUCCUUUUGCUGAGUGUCCCAGUAUUAUGGGAUUUUAUACUUUGAAGAAUAUUAAAUAUCAGAUCCAGA